AUGAAUACAAAGUGGAAGACGUUAUGGUUACUGUCAUAUUUAAUACUCGCCACUUACGGUGGAGCUACUGCAGAGAAAAAACGAGUUUGCAUUAUCGGCACAGGGGUUGCUGGUAUUGCCGCUGUGAGACAGGUUUCGUUGCACCCCGAAGACUUCGAGACAGUAGCAUUUGAAAGGAGGUCUGAUGUGGGUGGAUUAUGGAUUUACAAAGAGGAUACUGGCGUUGAUGAGUAUGGCAUACCUAUUCGGAGCAACGUAUACAGAUAUCUAAGGUUAUUUAGUCAUCAAAAAGCUACAUGUAAAAACGUAUCUAGUAGAAUUUACAUAACAUGUGCUGACAAGGCUGAAAAAUCAACUGAAGAAAUAUCACGAUUUUUAAAACUCAUCAAUGUUGCCGAAAUUAGAAAACCACUGAUUCCAGUGUUUGACGCCAAAAAUCUUAAUGAGCACAAAAUUGUUGAUAUAGUCGCACGGACAAAUGGCCCAAAAGAUUUGAUGGUUUUUUCUGAUUAUGUUGAAUUUCAUGGAGAAAAUCGAAGCUACGUCACUCACAUGGAUAUGUUACGAUACAUACAGAAUUACACCGAUCGUUUCAAUCUUCGACAAUAUAUUCAGUUCAAUACUAUUGUGGAAAAGGUUAGUGCGGUGAAUGACGUACCUGAUACUCAAUGGAACAUCAGGACACAAAACUUAAAAACAAAUGAAUACUCCGAAAUAAUAUGCGAUGCUGUCAUGGUAUGCAAUGGGCACUAUUCGAAAUAUUACGUACCGGAUAUUCCAGGCAUGGAGACUUUUCCUGGUGAGAUAUUCCAUAGUAUUUUUUAUCGUGAACCGCAACAAUUUACUGGAAAAACUGUCGUGAUAAUGGGAGCCGGUUCGUCAGGCACGGACAUAGGACUGCAAGUUAGUUGGUUCGCUAAAAAAGUUUAUCUCAGCCACAGACAAACACUAGGGUCUGAGUUACCGCCAAAUAUGGAAGAAGUACCUGCUGUAGUAUCUGUUAAUGGUAAUGAGUUGACUCUCAGCGAUGACCAAGUUAUAAUUGCCGAUGCAUUCGUUUUAUGCACGGGUUAUGAAUACGAUUUUCCCUUCCUGGGUGAUGACAGUGGAAUUGAAGUUGUAGAAGGCAAAUACGUGCGACCUCUUUACAAACAUCUCAUCAGCGUUGAACAUCCGACAAUGGCUUUUCUCGGACUCCAGUUCCCUAGUAUUCCAUACCCAGUAGCUUACGUUCAGUCGCAGUAUUUUGUUUCCGUACUCCAAGGUAAAACCAAACUACCAAGUCGGGAAGAAAUGUUGGAAGAUUCAGUGCUUCCACCAGGAGUAGAACUAAAAAAAGCUCACUACAUGUCUUUAGAGACAAUAGCAUACCACGAUGAUUUGGCUCGACUAGCAAACCUUGAUAUAUUAGAUGAUAAGCAUUUAUCCCGUGUCUUCCGGUACUGGAUUGAAGAUAAAAAGAAUGAUAUUAUGUAUUUCAAAGACAAAGACGUUAUAGUUUUCGAGGGUGGUCGCGUUGAAAUGCACAGAGGAUACUAUCCACUUUAUGGUCUCCAUCAAUUUGAAGAAGACAUUACUAUUUAUUAA